ACUGCUGGUCCCUCCCUCUCCGGUACCACAUGGACCGGAACCGCCCAGAGACACGUGACGCGGGAUCUCUGGACUGAGCGAGCGCCUCACACCGCAUCAUGGCUGCGGACGAUGCGGCCGCCCGGUCCCGAACCGGAGCCGUCCUCUCCCACUGGGCUCCGCUGUCUCCACCCCGCCUGCUGCUCCUCUCCCUCUCCGCCUGCUCCCUCUUCCCCGCCCCGGCUCUCGGUCUGCUCGGCUUUCGACCGGAGGAGACCGGCGCGGAGCUGUCCGUGGAGGACGGGGUGCUGAAAGCCACCGAGGGCACCCGCUUCAUGCUGCGGGUCUACUACUCCACCUCCCCGCAGAGGCUCAACCGCACCGCGGGGAGUCGGGCCAACAACGCAGCGCCCUGGAUCGCCUUCAUCGAGGAGCCAACUCCCGGGAGAGAGGGACAAGUUCACCCGAAGCGGAACCUGUGCAUGGACAAGAACGCCAGGACGUCCGAUAUCGAGGUUUUAGGCUCUUUCAAGUCGGCGUCCAGCCAAAACUCGGUGCUGGUGGAACUGCUGGCCAAGGACCUGCGGAGGGGAGAGAAGAUCAAAUACUACUCCAUGUGCGCUUUCGACGGAUCCAAAUGGGAACACUACCGGACCCGGGAUUUCUGGGUGGCCGUGGUGGAGCGCUCAGCAGUCCCGGACCUCUGGCUGCAGGUUCUGGUGUCCGUCUUGUUACUCGGCCUGUCGGCUCUGUUCAGCGGGCUGAACCUGAGCCUGCUGGCGCUGGACCCGGUGGAGCUGCAGGUCCUCCAGAACAGCGGCACGGACAAGGAGCAGAACUACGCGCGGAAAAUCGAGUCUGUGCGUCGGCACGGUAACUAUGUCCUCUGCACUUUGCUCCUGGGGAACGCGCUGAUCAACGCCUCGCUGGCCGUGUGGGUGUGCCAGAUUCUGGGCAUGACCUGGCUCUCUACGGUCAUCUGCGCCUUCGGCAUCUUCUUCAUCGGGGAGAUCCUUCCGCACUCGGUGGCGUCGCGCCACGGCCUGGCCAUCGCCUCCAAAACCAUCUGGUUAACGCGGCUGCUGAUGGUGCUCUCUUUCCCCAUCUCCUACCCCAUCAGCAAACUGCUGGACCUCAUCCUCCACCAGGAGAUCUCCAACUUCUACACCAGGGAGAAGCUCCUGGAGAUGCUGCGCGUCACCGACCCGUACCACGACCUGGUCAAAGAGGAGCUCAACAUCAUCCAGGGAGCGCUGGAGCUGCGCACCAAGACGGUGGAGGACGUGCUGACGCCGCUGACCGACUGCUUCAUGCUGGCCUCGGACGCGGUGCUGGACUUCAACACCAUGACAGAGAUCAUGCAGAGCGGAUACACGCGGAUUCCGGUGUUCGAGAACGAGCGGUCCAACAUCGUGGACAUCCUGUUCGUCAAGGAUCUGGCGUUUGUGGAUCCGGACGACUGCACCCCGCUGAAGACCAUCACCCAGUUCUACAAGCACCCGCUGCACUGCGUUUUCAACGACACCAAACUGGACGCCAUGCUGGAGGAGUUCAAGAAAGGGAAGUCCCACCUCGCCAUCGUGCAGCGGGUGAACAACGAGGGCGAGGGCGACCCGUUCUACGAGGUGAUGGGCAUCGUCACCCUGGAGGACGUCAUCGAGGAGAUCAUCAAGUCAGAGAUCCUGGACGAGACCGACCUCUACACUGAUAACCGUACGAAGCGGCGGGUUUCCCAUCACGAGCGGAAGCAGCAGGACUUCUCCAUCUUCAAGCUGUCAGAGAACGAGAUGAAAGUGAAGAUUUCUCCUCAGCUGCUGCUGGCCACGCAUCGCUUCCUGUCCACAGAGGUGGAGCCGUUCAAGCCGGCCCACCUGUCCGAGAAGAUCCUGCUGAGGCUGAUCAAACAUCCCAGCGUGGUCCAGGAGCUCAAGUUCGAUGAGAAGAACAAGCGAGCGCCGCAGCACUUCCUGUUCCAGCGCAACAAACCCGUGGACUAUUUCAUCCUGGUGCUGCAGGGCCGAGUUGAGGUGGAGUUUGGUAAGGAGGCCCUGAAGUUUGAGAAUGGAGCGUUUGCAUACUACGGGGUGCCUGCCAUCAUGCCAACAGUGUACAGAUCGCCUUCCCGCAGCAGCGGCUUGGACCGCAGCGACUCCAUGCUGUACGGGGGAAGCAUGGGCCAGCUCAACGGAGGGGGGAGCAUCUACCUGCCCGACUACUCCGUCAGACAGCUCACACACCUGCAGGUCAUCAAGAUCACGCGCAGCCACUACCAAAACGCCCUGACGGCCACCAGGAUGGACAGCUCGCCGCAGACACCUGACGCCGAUGGCCGCCCCACCGAGGGCAACACCCCGACCCCGGAGCCGCCCAUCCCGGAGCACACCGCCACCCUGAUGCCCCCCAGGGAGCCCGGCCGGCCCGGCUCGGCCCGCAGCCGGGCCCAGCAGGCCAGCGUCCCGCACAGCACGUCGCUGCUCAACGAGAAGAACCGCAUCGUCCGCAGUAAGUCGGACGGCCAGAAGAGUCCCAGUGACUCGGUGUUCCUCAGGAUGGAUGAGAUCCCCUACAUCAGGGAGGACCGCUCGGAGAGUGACGGAAACACCGACACAGCCUCUGUUCCCAUAGAAACGGACACAUCUCCCUUCAUCAGCACCAUGUCGCUCAGCGGCUCAGAGGACACACUGGGCAAGAAACUCCUGCUUAAACUCAGCCACAAGAAGAGGAAAAAGUCUCGCGAGGGAGAGAAAACUCCGGAGGACAAUUCAGAACAGCCGCUGGUGAAAACCUAGCGGCGUGUUUGUGUGUGUGUGUGUGUUUGAUACAGACAAGGAAGGCAGAGAACAGACUAACACACCGUCAGCGGACGAUUCUUUAGACUGGAAAGACGAUGUGCUGGUUGGCUAAAACGUCAAACUAUCAGAGUUUUAUCUGAGAAGGUGGAGCCUCGGAGGUGUUUUUACGACGACGCCCUUCUAAUAAAAAAAAAAAGAAUGACUGCGAAUGUAACGGGUUUGUGGAAUAAGUUAUAGGAGUUUUUCUACACUGCACACCCUCCUCACGUGCGCUCACCUCUCCCGUGGAGCUGAAGGAACAGGUGUUUGAUGAAGACUCAGUCACAGGACACCAAAGAUGUCGCUAUUUUUUCAUAUCGCUCACGACUGCGCCAGAGAAAUCCCCACCGAAGCGAACCCCGCCUGUUUGCUGCAACGUCUGCAAGCUCUUGAUAUGAACAGUGUUAUGUACCGUACUGCUGCUUUCCCUUUACAUUACCACUGACCGCAUCCCAAA